UUGCAUAUUUAGAAACAGAUUUGAGAAGAGCACGGUUAAUGCUUAAAUGUGUGUGGUCAAUUUCAGAACUAAACUAAAAAUGGACCAGCAACCUGAAACAAGUGAAUACCAGAGAACAGAGGACCAGUCAAUUAUGGACAAUGACACCCAGAAGCUAUUAGAGGACAGCGACUGUUUUUUAAAAAUUGCUGGAAAUAAAUAUUACAUCCUUAUACCUGGGAAGACAUUAGAGUGUCAUGAAACCAUCAGAAAUUUCCUUCAACACACACUGAGUCUAAAGGAGGUGGAGUCUGUGGAGGAGUGUAAUGUUAUAGUGGUUUUAUGCGCUGUUGUUUCAAGGACAGGAACUGACAUUGACGCUGCACUGAAUGAACUUAAUAAACUUUCAGAAUCGAAACCAGCCAUUUUUAUGGUGCUGCAUCACACAUUUGACCCAGAAAAAACUGUACCAGACAGCAGCAGGUGUGUAAACAGGGAAGAUACACUUACAGUGGAUCUUCUGUUUCAUGAGGAUAAAGGGCUCCUGGAUUGCAUGAAAAACAAUGAAGCACUGGGCAAGAUUAAAAACCACCUGCAAGUACAGGAUACUGGCAACAUUAUGUCUUCAUUCCUCAACAUGUGCCGGAGUUGCUUGUGCUGUCGUUGUCCGGUGGAACCAGAAGAUGUCACAGUUGUCAACUGUGUUCUGUGUGUGUUAAUGGUGUCAGUCACUGAUCAUCAGCAUCACUUGGACUCAUCAGUUAAUUACCUGCCUCAUGUCACCAGCUGUUACGUAUCACUUUGAGUAUAAAUGCUUUGUCUUGGUUUGUGUCUUUGUUGGAUCGUUGUUCUAUGUCACCGGUUGUUUGCCAUCUAUGUUACUCCCUGGAAUGUCUACUGUUUGUACUGCUGUGAGUCUUAAUUAUGUUUAUUAAACUGUUUAACCUGCA